AUGCCUGGCACUGCUGUUACAGUGACUGGAUUCAAAAGCAAGAAUUUCUCCGCUCAUCACUUUCAGUGUGUGUAUAUUGUUGAUCCACGUAUAAUGCAGCUAAAACUUCUGAGAAUUGCUAAAAUAAUGGUUGUAAGAAAAAAUUAUUACGAAGAAGCCACAGAAACAUACAUCGGCUGCUAUCGAGAAGUUGUUGAAGUGAACGCUGGCAUUGUUGACUCCUACGAAGGCUGUAAAAUGUUAUGCCGGAAUGAAGUUACGUCCUACAUAGCUUUGCAUGAGUGUAGGAAAGUGAUUGACUCUGAAGUGUUGAAAGAAUUUUAUUAUUUUAUUUCUAAAACCGAUUUCCAAGCUCGUUGUUUUUUAAAGAUAUAA